UUUGAUUUUGUGAAAUUUCCAAUUCUGUCAUUUAUCAGUUAGGCUAUACCGAUAUUUUGGGUUUGCCUGCUCCUGGUUGCUAAAGUAGGCUACACAGUGACAAUGCACUUUUGGUCCUGAGGCAGAACACCGCGUCACUAUUCGAGGACAGGAACAUUUGAAACUGAACCUGUUGUCAAUGUUGAUUUAUUGAUCACGAGGUGGUUCUUCGAGUCACGGUUUUGGGAUAGUUGUAUCUUUACAAUAAAGCAUGGCAAUAUGAUCCGAUAUAACGACAGGAAUCUGUAGUAUAUAAAUGCGCAAUGGACACGAAUUAUGCUGUGCACAGUGUUACAUCUCUGUUUGGUUAAAUGUGUUGAUCAUUGCCUGGGUUCAGAUCCCCACAGCGCGAAUCAAUUGAGUGAGUAGCCUUUUUUCCUCCCCGGAUCCUCAGUUGUGUCGCUCUCCUCAUUUAUCCCUCUGUCUGGUCGACGACUCAACACAGCACAUUGUGAAUCAAAUGGAAAUAACUUCGGGCGAUGUCUUCUAUUUCUGAGCUGUAUUUCUGGAUUCCACACAGUCAAUUAAUUAUGUGCGAAUGUGGGGGGGAUGGUUCGUUGUUAAAAAUAGCCUGCCACUUGAGGAUGAGGCGCCGAAAUGAACUGGUUGCUGCUUAUUGAAACUUACUGGGAGCAGAUGCGAAAAUAUGCUUCACCCUCAUCUAACCUCUCGUGGAUCGGUUCACUUCUCUUUAAAUCUUCCAGGAAUGCAUGAUACACAACCUGAAAAUACUGCAUCAGACAUUUACAGAUUCACAACGAAAAUAAUCGAACAUUAAUUUGCCAUAUGUGUUUAAUUGAAUUCGUUAUAAAAACGUUGACUUCGAUAAGAAGACAACAGAGGAAUCUAGCAACUGCUUGUUGAUGGCACUACGCGCCGGGAGGACUUGGUUUGGGCAGGUAUUGCGCAGAGUUUCUAGGCUGCAGGGCUCGUGGUCCCGGAGAUCGAGCAGUCUCCUGUGUCUCUCUGCUAACCCGGAGCAGGAUCUGGGGACCUGUUACAGGGAUCACACUCUUAGCAAUCUCCACUACUGCUCCUCCGUCCAGCGCACCCACCGUCACCAACACGCGCCAGUCUGUCCCUCCUCUUCCAGCCGCUGCCAACGCUUUCCCGAUUGCUGCGCAGCCUUCCCGGGGGAUACGAGGGGACAUGAGCCCCUCACUCGCCGGAUCCUGGUGGUCAUGAAGCGGCAGAACGUGCGGACCUUGUCCCUGAUCAUCUGCACGUUCACGUACCUGCUGGUCGGGGCCGCGGUGUUCGAUGCCCUGGAGUCAGAUUUCGAGAUGCGGGAGAAAGAACAGCUGGAGGCAGAGGAGAAGCGUCUCCAAGGGAAAUAUAACAUUAGCGAGGACGACUACCGCAAACUGGAGACCAUCAUUAUGGAGGCCGAGCCCCACAGGGCUGGGGUUCAGUGGAAAUUUGCUGGAUCUUUUUACUUUGCCAUCACAGUCAUCACCACCAUAGGUUAUGGCCAUGCAGCUCCCGGCACAGACGCGGGGAAGGCCUUCUGCAUGUUCUAUGCCGUCCUGGGGAUACCCCUGACCCUGGUCAUGUUCCAGAGCCUGGGCGAGAGGAUGAACACCUUCGUCAAGUCCCUCCUGAAGCGCAUCAAGAAGUGCUGUGGCAUGCGCAUCACCGACGUUUCCAUGGAGAACAUGGUGACGGUGGGGUUCUUCUCCUGCAUCGGGACGCUGUGCAUCGGGGCGGCCGCCUUCUCCCACUACGAGGACUGGAGCUUUUUCCAGAGCUACUACUACUGCUUCAUCACACUGACUACCAUCGGCUUCGGGGACUUUGUGGCUCUGCAGAAGAACCGGGCCCUGCAGCGGAGGCCCCUGUACGUGGCCUUCAGCUUUAUGUACAUCCUGGUGGGCCUGACUGUCAUAGGAGCCUUCCUCAACCUGGUGGUGCUGAGGUUCCUGACCAUGAACAGUGAAGACGAGAGGCGGGAUGCCGAGGAGAGGGCCUCGCUGGCGGGGAACAGAAACAGUAUGAUCAUCCAUAUCCAGGAGGAGACGCUGGGGAGAGGAGGAGGUGCCAGGAGGAGGCGCAGGGAAACGCAGGGCCAGUACUGCGCCGAGGUCACCGACCUGCCUUCUGUAUGCUCCUGCAUGAACUACCACUCACAUGAGUUUGGUAGCUGUGGGGGAGGGAUGGGAGGAGGGAUAGGGGGCGGAGGGAUGGGCUGUGCCUUCUCCCACCAGAACUCCUUUAGUUCCCAGUUGAACCCCCACCAGUACUUUCACUCGGUGUCGUACCGCAUCGAGGAGAUCUCUCCCAGCACCCUAAAGAACAGCUUCUUUCCCUCGCCCAUUAGCUCAGUCUCCCCAGGCCUCCACAGCUUCACAGACAAUCACCGACUCAUGAAGAGAAGGAAAUCUAUCUGAGCCAAGUGCAACAUAAUGUUUUGAACUACAUGUUGCACUUCAAUGUUUUAGCCUAAAUGCUAAAACGUUGAAUUGGAACAGAUCAUCAGACUGGGUUGGCCUGUCUACACAGACAACUCCUAGCUUUCCUUUUUUAUAUACAAGUACAAUGCAUCUUCAAUGCUGCUCCAAACCAAAUCUCAUUUUAGCACUUUUGUUUUGUUUCUUUUGGUUGGUCUAAGGAUAUAAUAUAUUGAAGCGAUUCACAGGGAUUGAUUGAAGAGGAAGGAGCGUUGGAAAGAAAUGGCAAACUUGUUGGACAUGAAUUAUUACAUUAAUUUCUUGUGAGAGAUUCAAAGCAUGAAGCAUGGAUACUUACUGUCCCAUCAGAGAAAUACUAACCAGAACCAACAGAUCUUGUUAUACAUUUUCUUAUUGCCGGCUCACAAAGAUGAUAUAGCACCUUGGUAACAAUGUACCAAAUGAUGCACACUUAGCAUUAUAAGGGGGAUAUGUAUUUUUAUUAUGUGAGCAUGCCUGUUUCACCUUAACUUAAAAUGAUUGCAGUUAAGUGCUUUUUCUCCAUUGCAUCAUUGCAGACAGAGAUGAUACAAUUUGAAAUGACAUCAGGUAUUAUUUUCUAUAAGCAAUUCUAGGGAAAAAAUGUCAAUGAUUUGUUCACAGAACAUCAUGCCAACAUAUUGUUGCCAAUCUUAGCAUGUGCAUUAGAUGUCAUCAAAUGAGUGUGCCAUAAUUAUUUUAUUUCUUUUGUUAAUUUUUUUAAACAGCAGAUUUGUAUUAUUAUGGUUUGUGUCUGUAGAUGUUUUCUUUCUGGAUUUCAGAUUUAAAAAAAAAUAUAAUUCAAGAAAAUGUCAGUGUAAAAUAUGAGGAUGUGAAAAGGAAUAAGCACGGAUUUGAAGGCUUUCCAGUUCGAAAAAGUUACUAUGUGCAUGUACUUUGUGAAACUGGUAUGCAUAUAGAUGAAUGGGGAAAAAUAAUAGCCUUGCAAUUGAAAUGAAUUUUGAUAGCAAAUAAUCAUAAUAAUUAUUUAAAAUAUACUUUAUUUAUUUAGCCACUUACAAGUAAUGGUGUAUAGUGUAGGCUGAACAGUUUAUUCGCUUUUCCAUCAUUUUUUAAUUCAGAAAAAUUGUACAAUAACCUUUGGUCUCAGGUUUUGAAUGGAUAGCCUCUUCAGGUUCUGCUCCCCGAAUCAAAUCACAGAAUACAUCCCAUAAAUGCGAAUGCACCUGCCAAACAAAACAAUACAUAUUAAUUAAUUUAAAAAAAAUAGUACUCAUUUUCCAGGAAAAGGAUAUUGAGAUGCAUCAUCUUACUAAGGGAAACUUCCUGUACUAUAGAGAAGCGUGGGUUCAGUGUGCACGCACGCACACACACACGCACACACGCACGCACGCACAUGCGCACACACACACACACACACGCACACACACACACACACACACACACACACACACACACACACACACACACACACACACACACACACACACACACACACACACACACACACACACACACACACACACACUGUAUCAAGCCAUAGAGGAGCAGGCCAUGGAACCACUGCUAUUCUGUAAGGAUAUUAAUGUUGAUGACAGGUGUAAUCCAAACUUCAACUGUGCCACUGAGAAUAUAUACACGCCUAUAGCCUACGAACACAAUGACAGGCAUUUGAGAUGUAUACAGUGAUGUUAUCACUGGCUGUCAUUUAAAUUGAAUGACAGCCAAAUGGCAAUCAAUGGGUGAAAAAGGACCAGAUGGAUUUCUGAAGGAACAAUGCAAUACUGGGCAUUGAUUCAUUUAGAACAACAUGUGCCAUUUAAGUCACCCACAUUGAUAAGUGAUAAAUGCCAUGGAUACCAUUAGAUUUCCAUUGACCCAGGUUUAUUAGUAAUCAAAAGCAAUGUUGAAAAACAAAUAUUUGUGACGUGUAAUGGAAACGGCAAAUAUUGGAGAAAUUGUCUAAAGGCUCGACAAAAAUUGUAUCCAUUCUACAGGGGUGGAUUUUUAUUUUGUCUAAACUUUCUUCAUUGUGACAAAUGAUGACGGAAAUGGUGAUUUACGAAUAAAUGAUAACUGCCAAAUCAUUUUGUCAUCACGUAGGUUAACUAUAAAGCUUUACUUCACAUUUAAUUCUAAAUGCCAACUGCUUGCAAAAUGUAUUUUUUCAACGAUAAAAAAAUGGUUUCUUUUCAGGAAAAGGACUGUCCUGACUUUCAAGAAUGCCUGAAUUGCUUCGCCUUGCUUUUCUGGCAAGUUUCACCGUCCAAUUAUAUCAGAUCUACAGGAGUUUCACCGUGGCAAGGACCUUGGUCGAUAUGUUGGCACAUGAGAAUUAUUACAAUAUGGCAAGUAUUAGUCAAUUCCUGCAUUCUAUCCAUGCUGGCUUUCGCAGGCGACCUGAGACAUGAAAGAGAUUGGUGGGAGGGAAUACAGGCUGUCGUCAAUGUAUUAACAAGCAAAUUGAUUAAAAGGGUAAUGGAAACAAUUCAACCACUACAUUUUUAUUCGACACUAGGGUUAUGUGAAAAAAGUUGUUUUUGUUUGUUUGUUGAUGUGACGUCAUUACGUCCUUCUGUUUUUAUCGUCAAGAUAGUACAAUGAAAACGCACCCGAGCAGACAACUGUCGCACAAACGGUAUUUUCUAUGCGAACUUUCUAAAUAUCGACAAAAUAAUCCCUGGACAGGUUAAUGGAAACAUAGCUUGUGUCUGUCUUGAAUGAGAAUAAAGAAAACUAUUGUAACAUUAACAUCCAAGGUUCUAGAAUGUUCAGAUGACCCCAGGAAUACACAUGUAAAUAUACAGUACUUUAUUUCAUAUAUUGUACGUUCUCAUCCUUUGGAAUAAAACGGCCUUUCCACAGCU